AUGUAUCCAGCCAUGAAGAUUGUUAACCGUUCUCCCUUGAAAGAAACUGACGCUAAUUCUAAAAGAGAGAAAAUUUCUUUGAAACAAACUAAUUCAGUUAUGUCCGGUAUAACAACAAUAUCAUCUACUGCUGCUACUACAUCUAAUGCUACUACUUCCAAUAACAUAUAUAAAAAUAUCCCUUUACUACAGAAUAAAAAGAGAAGUAUUAAUGCUUCUGCCUGUGGUACUACACCAGUCUCAAAGGACCUUGUUUCCAAGAAACCAAAAAUCGAAAGAAAUAGAUCAAUUGAAGGGGCUAUUAGAAUUAAUAGCAAUAAAAAUAUACCGAGCACCACUACAUCAACUUUAAACCCCGGGCAUGCAUCUACCACAACAACUCUCCAUAAUUCAUAUUCGAAUACAACACAAUUAACAACCACCACUAAUAUUUCUACCGUAACAACUACUACAAAUCGUUCAAAUACACACUCUCAUAGUAACUCGAAGAAAAAUGAAACAGGUGCAUCUAGAGUGACUCCAAAUGAAUUAUUAGAAUGGCAAAAUAAUUGGAAGAAAAUUAUGAAAAGAGAAUCUGUGAUAUAUUUCGAUACUACUGAAGAUGUAGAAAUUUCGAAGAAUAAUAAGUUAAAGCUAGAAAAAAGAGAAAAUUUAUUAAGAAAGGGAUUUUUAUUCUUAGAUGCAAGAAUUACUGAGUUUUUUGAUACAAAUGUCACAAUAGUCGUUACCAAAAGAAGUACAGAGAAAUUAAGUUUAUACAGUCCAAAUGAUAUUCUAAUUAGAGCCAAAAAAAAUUACAUGAAAGUUUGGGAUUAUAAGAAAGCUCAAAGAUUUUUGAAAAAUUUGGAUGUCGAUAUAGAAAAAAUGUCUUCUUUCCAAAAUGAAACCUCUUUAUCAAAUUUAUUACAGAAUGAGAAAUUAUACGGUCCAACUGAUCGAGAUCCUAAAACCCGUAGAGAUGAAAUCCAUUAUUUUAAACACAGUUACAUAUACAUGUACGAUUUAUGGCAAUUUUGGGCUCCAAUAAUUACUUUAGAAUGGAAGCACCAUGAACUUCAAAUCCAAGACAACAAUAGUAACAAAAAAUUACCAUAUCCAGUAUUAAAAUAUGGUACCUUUGGUAGAUGUCCAUUCGUUGGUGAUGUAAAUUGUAAUGAAUUAUCACAAAAACGAGUUUUUAAAAGAUAUCACAGAGACAAACUAAAUAGAAAAUAUGCUUUUAAACUAAGAAAGUUAUAUCAAUACCAUGCAUCUCCCUCAUUAAAUGAGAUAAUUACUAACAACAAAAAUGAUAAUAACGACCCAACCAACGCACAAAAUUAUGGCUGCAUAAUCAUUCCUCAUGAUGCACUAGAUUCAACCAAACUGGCACUUGAAUGGCAAUGGAGAACUAAUGCAUCAAAUAAUACUAAUAAUAACAACAGCAAUAAUAAUAAUAAUAAUAAUAAUAAUAAUAAUAAUAAUAAUAAUAAUAAUAAUAACAACCACAACUUAACACCCAACAAUACUAUCAACAAUAAUGAUGGUAUUCAACUUAAUGAUGAAUCGAAUUCUGGCAUACCAAUUGAACUACAAUUGAAUAAGCAAAUAGUUUCACAACAAUCUAACUCUUUAUCAAGAAUAGUCCCAGACUAUCAAAAAAAUAAUAUUACAUCAGAGAAGCAAGUAUUUGAAAGAAUAUCCCCUCAAGACAAAAUGGCACCAACUUUAUCUGCCAGAGAAAUCUCAUCACUUUUGAAAAGGGAAGAAACUGAAGAUUUACAAGAUGAUCUUUGUAAUAAUAAUGAAAAUAAGAGUAACUUGAGAAAUAACUUUGACAUUAAGGCAAGUGGGGUUCAUCAAUCAAAUGAUAUUGCAACUUCGUUCGGUAACGGUUUAGGACCUACAAAGGCAAGUGUUACAAAUAAAAACUUAAAAACUUUAACAAGAAUGGUUGUCGAUAGAAGACUUGGUGUCACUAAAAAACCUAAACCAUUGAAAAAAACUGAAACCAUUAAAGAAGAAGAUUCCUUAGAUGAUCAAAAUAAAGGCUCAGGAAAUACCACGAUUAGUAAAGACUCGACUGUUUCAGUUGCUACCACAGUUUCCAAUGCUCCGGGUAUUAAUACAACUAAUACUAAUGGUGAAUUAAUUGUUAUAGAAGACCGUAGUAGUAACAAAGAAGAUGAAAAUGAAGAAAGUAACAAUACUUCAGCAUCCAACAAGAAUGUUGCUGCUGGCACUACUACUGCAAAUGCUUUACCUAUAGAUAAUAAUGCAACAACUAAUUUGCACAAUGACACCAAGAUUGCUAAUAAUAACACAAUAACAGAAAAGAGACUACCUGCCAGAGCCAAUAGAGAACCAAUCGUUAAGAAUUCUGGUUACUGUGAAAAUUGUAGAGUUAAAUAUGAUGAUUUAGACAACCACAUUCUAGGAGAGAGACAUCAAUCGUUUGCUAAUAGCGAUGAAAACUUUGAUUUGAUCGAUAACUUGAUUAAAAAACUUAAUAACGCACAAAUGUCCUUCGAAGUUGACUUAACCGAUAUUUCAUCUUCCGACGAUGAAUGCUCUAGCACUUCUCAAACUGUUUACUAA